AUGGUGGUGCGCAGAGCGGACGCGCCCAGUGCAGAAAACGGGGCACCCAGUGCAUUGGCGUGCAGGAAACGGUGGCACCGGGGGCUGCCCCCGUGCCGCUCUAUAGGUGCAUGCGCCCGUCGGCUUGUCCCUCGGCAUGGUUGGUGGUUGGCAAAAAAUGUCAUCCUGAACGGCCCCUUUGAACCAAAUGCCUGGCACCGGGGGCUGCCCCCGUGCCGCUCUAUAGGUGCAUGCGCCCGUCGGCUUGUCCCUCGGCAUGGUUGGUGCUUGGCAAAAAAUGUCAACCUGAACGGCCCCUUUGAACCAAAUGCCUGGCACCGGGGGCUGCCCCCGUGCCGCUCUAUAGGUGCAUGCGCCCGUCGGCUUGUCCCUCGGCAUGGUUGGUGCUUGGCAAAAAAUGUCAACCUGAACGGCCCCUUUGAACCAAAUGCCUGGCACCGGGGGCUGCCCCCGUGCCGCUCUAUAGGUGCAUGCGCCCGUCGGCUUGUCCCUCGGCAUGGUUGGUGGUUGGCAAAAAAUGUCAUCCUGAACGGCCCCUUUGAACCAAAUGCCUGGCACCGGGGGCUGCCCCCGUGCCGCUCUAUAGGUGCAUGCGUCCGUCGGCUUGUCCCUCGGCAUGGUUGGUGCUUGGCAAAAAAUGUCAACCUGAACGGCCCCUUUGAACCAAAUGCCUGGCACCGGGGGCUGCCCCCGUGCCGCUCUAUAGGUGCAUGCGCCCGUCGGCUUCUCCCUCGGCAUGGUUGGUGCUUGGCAAAAAAUGUCAACCUGAACGGCCCCUUUGAACCAAAUGCCUGGCACCGGGGGCUGCCCCCGUGCCGAUCUAUAGGUGCAUGCGCCCGUCGGCUUGUCCCUCGGCAUGGUUGGUGGUUGGCAAAAAAUGUCAUCCUGAACGGACCCUUUGAACCAAAUGCCUGGCACCGGGGGCUGCCCCCGUGCCGCUCUAUAGGUGCAUGCGCCCGUCGGCUUGUCCCUCGGCAUGGUUGGUGCUUGGCAAAAAAUGUCACCCUGAACGGCCCGUUUGAACCAAAUGCCUGGCACCGGGGGCUGCCCCCGUGCCGCUCUAUAGGUGCAUGCGCCCGUCGGCUUGUCCCUUGGCAUGGUUGGUGGUUGGCAAAAAAUGUCAUCCUGAACGGCCCCUUUGAACCAAAUGCCUGGCACCGGGGGCUGCCCCCGUGCCGCUCUAUAGGUGCAUGCGCCCGUCGGCUUGUCCCUCGGCGUGGUUGGUGCUUGGCAAAAAAUGUCAACCUGAACGGCCCCUUUGAACCAAAUGCCUGGCACCGGGGGCUGCCCCCGUGCCGCUCUAUAGAUAUGCGGGUUCCGUCGCCUCGUCCCUUCGCAAGGUUGGUCGUUGACAAAAAUUGUCAACCUGAAUGGCCCCUUUGAGCCAUAUGCCUGGCACCGGGGGUUGCCCCCGUGCCACUCUUUAGAUAUGCGGGUUCCGUCGCCUUCGUCCCUUCGCAAGGUUGGUCGAUGACCAAAAAUGUCCCGACAUCUUGGGUUGCCCUCGUGUCGGUCGGUCUAUGGUUGUGUGUGCAUUCGGCUUGUCCCUCCGUAAGGUUGGUCGAUCUCGAGUGGCCCCUUCGAACCAACCAUACGUUCGGCACCGGGGGUUGCCCCCGUGCCGCGCCAUGGCUGCGUGUGCCGUCGGCUUGUCCCUCCGUUUGGUUGGUGCCCCUCCCGGUUUGCUUCUCGUUUCGUGCUCGGCGGUGCUUUAGCUUGGAUUGCUCUUGACCCCUUUUGCACUCGUAUUUGUCGAGUGUGUCUGGGCGAUGCGCAUCAGGCUGAAUGUUCGCGACGGCACGUGAGUUGUUGUGUACUCCGAUGCUUUGAUGGGCACCUUGCCAUCACGCGGCCAAUUGUAUCGCCUCUGAGUCCUUUCAUCUUUGGCUUGCUCACGCUAUUUUUUUCGUGGGCUGCGGGUGUUGCUUGUGCUAUGUGCUGGCUUCCAAAGGAAAAUGAGCACUUUCA